AUGUCUGCCAACACUAAUGAAGUCGUUAUGCGUGACGCCCGUGCGUCAAACCCGGACGCUCCCCUCGACAAGCUAAUUAGCUUAGGAGAGGAAGAGCUUAAAGGAAUUAAUAAUGCAAGCAGCGAGUGGCGUGAUGGUGUAUUGCUAAGGGAAUAUAAGAAGGAGAAGGCUACGGCAGAAGCGCCUAAACCUUUAGAUCCCUCUCAAGAAGAGGGAGAACUUACCAAGGGGCCUGAGCCUUUAGGUCCCGCUCGAGAAAAGGGAGAACCUAUCAAGGAGCCCCCUAAGAAGAAGAAGAAGGCUAAUCGCUGGUGCGGGCGAUGUGGCAACUUCUAUGGCGGUUAG